GGGAUGAAAACGAAGAUGUUUGCAGCACAUGGAUUUUGAUAAAGCCAGGAGCCAAAACAGCCAGGUCGAAGUUUCGAUCGACGUUUCAAUGACCUGCUGUUCGAUUUGGCUUUUUAUCCAUCAGAGUCUGGGCUUGGGCCUGUCCUUGAACUGGGAGAAACACGUGAAAUGAAAUGCCUGGAUACAUUACUCACGGGAUUUUCGGUCUCAAACAGUCCUCCAAGAAUUUCGAGCAGGAUUUUAUGCGCCAGAGUACCCAAUAUGACUGUGUGGAGAUAGACCUGAACUCGGGCAGUUGGUGGGAGGAAGAGAUCGACCGUUGGAUCCGCGUCACGCCAUCAUGCCUUACGUUCAAUGUCCGUGUGUGGGAUCUGCUGUGCCACAAGAGGGUCCAGAGAAGUACCUGCCUGUCCGUGCUGCCCAAGUUAGUUGCCGAUCCCCUGCGCAAACUGCCGCCGGAUCGCACGUCCUUCCAGUGGGAUGACUUGAGCGACCACCUCAAAGACUGCCUCUUCUCCGCACUCAAUUCCCUCCUGCAGCGUCUCAAAGCAGCCGAUCGCCUGGGACUCGUCCGGUUUGAUUUGUCCAGUGGCAGUGACUUCAAGCUAGCACCAAGGAACAGGGCGUUCCUACCCGUGUGCCGUGCACGCCUAGGUGCCAACGCCAAGAUCGUCGUGUCACUGAGUAGAGAGUGGUUCCGCAGCUGGUCUCUCGGCGCUGGCUUUGCAGUAAACAGUGGCAUCUGUGUAGUUUAUGACUUGCUGGAUAUAGCGUAUCAACCUCCGAAUGGCUAUCCAUGGCGGAGAACGACCGGCCCGUUUCUCUACUUUGCUGUUGGUCACGUGCAGUCUGAUGCUCGGCGACAAGAACUCUGCAAACACAUUGAGGCGCUGCGGGCAGGUGCCAAGAAGCCGGUGUACAUCAUGUUUGACAGCAGUGUGUAUGAUCAGAAAAAGCCGCACCAUGAGGCCAUGCUGUCAAUGAUGAGCUGCACCGCCGAAGAGUUUGAGAGGAAGAAGGAGCUGAGUGCCCUGAUCAGCACGGGACCACGCCAGAAAAAGGGACAACAGAAGCACCAGCGGCCGCAUGUACCGCCGCCGUCUAGAGCACCAGCGAAUACUGCUGCUGUCGCUGGUACUGCCGCUGUCGCUAGUACUACUGCACCUAAUCCUGCAGCGGGGAAAAAUAUCAAAAAGGUGAAGCAGGGCAAGCCUGUGGCAGUAAUCGACGAAGACUUGAAAGGUGACCGUCUGGAGCAGGUGAAGAGCAUCGGGGAAUCCCCUGACGCCUCCUUCACUUGCAACUGUGGCCUGCUCAGCUGCUCCAGGUCGGAGGCAACUGCCAAGUGGCAGCUCAGUGUGUCCAAGAAGACGGAGCGCGUGGCGGCAACGAAUCUGAACGAUGCGUGUGCUUGUAACAUGAUCAGCUGCUCUUCGUGCAUGGCUGCACUACUCUCUCAGCCACCUCUGGCGGACACGUCGUCCAAACAGUCCAAUAGUACCACAGAGAAAAAGAAAAUCCGAAAGCGGGCCCGCUCCGAUGACAGUGACGAGGACUGGCUGGACGGUGAAGAAGCGCGUACUGCCCUCACAGUGGGUGUUCUGAGCGACUCAGAUGAUGACGGUGGUCACAUGUCUGAUUACGAUUACGAUGAGGCCAGCUAUACAGCUACUACCGUCAAUCUUGAUAAGUACUAUGCGCUGUCCAUGGAGGAGCGCGAGGGCAGGUUUUACCAAGCAAUGAACGAGGACAUGAGUCUCGGUAAUAUUCGGCACAUCUACACGGUAGCUAUGGAGCAUAUCUACGCACACUUUGACAUCAACAGCACGGCGCCAGACUUGACCGCAGAGGAGCGAGAAUAUCUCUUCUGGAGUCGCCAUCGCUUUGCUCUGGAAGCGGACAAAUCCACAGACGACACAUUGGUCAGCUCGUCCAGUAGGAAUGAGCCUCCUGCGCACAAGUAUGUACCACCCCCUGUGCCAGGCCAGAGGAAGAAAGGUCGGCCGCCGAAAAGCCUUACGUCGAACCUUGACAGUGCGGCCAGCAGCAAAUCCUCCAACACAGGAAGUGAGCAAGCAAAGGCGCCACCCGUAGGUAGUGACCAGUCUAAGGCAUCGGCAAGCCCCUGGGAAAGCUACUGCGAUCAGUUUGGCACUAGCAACACCAGUAAUGACACGUCGGACACCAUGAGCAAGACACUGACACGGUUAAAAGAGGAACUGAAGACACGGCAGCCUAGUAGCAAUGCCGGUAGCUUGGCGUUGUCCACUGCCAAGGUGCGGGCGCCUAUCGUCACACCACUGUCCGGAGUGAAUGGUAUACCUAUUUCACCUACCCGCAACCCUGUCACCUACACCACCGCCGCCACCACGGCUGGGAUGAGUUCUCCGGACUCCCCGCUGCCGUCGUCCGGUAUAGCCGUAAAAGCGCCCGCCCGCCUGGUUAAAAAGGGCCCUCUCUUCCCAACGUCCUCAGAUGCAUCUGCCACAUCUAGUAACUCAGCUACUGUUGCUGCUGCAGCAGCGAAAGGCAAAGUUACUGCGGGCGGCAACGUCAAGGCAAAAACAGCGCCCAUCGGCAAAGUGCCCGCAAACAAACCUGCAGCUGCAGACUCUAAAGCACGUUCAGUCGCUGCAGGCAACAGUAUCGGAAAAACAGCUCCAGCAGGCGACAGCGGCGUAAAGACUUCAGCCAGCACAGGUUCUGCAGCUGCAGGCAGGGUGAUGCCGCCACUGCCACAAUUGGACAUUUCGUCCGCCGACAUUGUCUCGAGUGCAAUUCUCAGCGGCCCAACCGUAACUACUAUGCCCCUGCAGGUGUCUAGUGCAGCAGUCAGCACGGUGGUCCACAGCAACACUCGGAGCAAUACCAGCAGCAGCAGCGCACUGGCUGCAGCAAAACCCAGUGCCGUUACCCGCGGCAACCCAGCCAUGCCUGAAGGCACGCUUGAGAAGCCAACACAGGGCGGUGCAGUGGAGAAAUUAAGUGCCCCGACUACUCCAACUCCUACACAAGGACUUAGCACGGAGAAGACUGAAAAGGUCAAAUCUCCCCAGCCACUCAUCACCCAAUUCUUCAAGGCACCUCCCCGCCCUGAGCCGCCGCCACCCAGUGUUGAAAAACCGGAAGAGGACGACAACAAACCUGUGCCACUGAUUGCACGCUAUUUUAUCCGCAAGCCCAAAACAAAAUAGUCUUAAUAGUCUACACCCCGACGUAUAUGUGAUCCCGUGGUGCAUGGUGCAUGGUGCAUGACUCAACGAUGGCCUUGUGAGUGUCCAGCAUAGGUAGCCAUCAUAGUGUUCCACUUUUCAUUCUCGUUCUGCCGGAGAGACACACACACACACAUACUUCUGAAGUAUAAUUAUACACUAUUAUACAGCACGCUUUGAAAUACAUAACGUGUGCUUUCUGCUGGCUAUACCGGCUUCGUAUUAAUUGCGAAUGCUGCUGUGUUUGUGUAGAUUAGCUGGUAACCAUGGUAACGGUAUCUGUAGGUUUAGUUUGUAACAUGUGGUGUGGUGAAGACAGCGCGCUGGUUGUUCUUGUGUUCAGAUUGCCAGAGUAAACACUGCUACGGUUCAUGGUUCCAGGUUUUUUUCAUGCUAUGUUCCGCUGUAUUGUAAAUCCCGCGAUGCCAGCUUGUAAGCCGAGAAUGUAAGGUUCUUGCUCGAUAGUUUCUGCUACUAGCUCUAAACGCUGCGACAUGGGUUGUUUUGUGCCUUGGCCAGUAUCGGUUUCUACGGUGACAGCAUAAGCCAGAUAUCCGCUGUUUUUCUCAGAAGUUUUUUUGUUCCUUUCUAGUAUUAUUCCGUCACAGGUUUAGGUCCAGCACAUAUUAAGUUUUUAAACUUUGCUUUACCCAUGCGCUGAAGUCAUCAUGUGUUAUUGUUUCUGAACCAGAUGAUCCAGAAAAACGAUUCUUAGUCAUAUAUAACCCACGCUAAAACCAUGCGUCUUCCUCG